AAUGUGUUUUACCCACAAACAUACCAAUUAAAAGGAUUUGCUUCAAUAUUUUGGACAACUUGGUAUUUGGGUUUCUUCUAAUAUUCAACGUGGUUUCCCAGUCGGCGCCACCCAAACCAAAGCAACAUAUACAAUAUAAUGCACGCCUUUCACGAUCCUCCUUAUUAAAUUGCACUAACUAUUGGGCUCCCAUAACCCACCGUCUUCCCACUCGACCUCCCCACUAUAAAUAAAGCUGCCACCCAAACAUCCACCAUAAUUCACCCAUCAACUUUCCCAUCUCCCUCUAACUAACGGUCAAAGCCUCCUCCAAUGGCUUCGACUUCCUUGGGAUUCCCUUCUCUGCAGCUACAGUUUCAAAUCCAAUCAUCAAGAAACUCACCACUGUUCAACUCCUCCUUCACGCGCCGUCAUGUCCGUCCCAUCUCCGCCUCUGUUUCCGAAAAAUACCCCUCCUCCUCGUCCGUUUCAGCAAACCCGCCCGAGUCUGACCUGACAAAACCCCUUCCCUUGAAGAACAUCCCCGGAGACUACGGCCUCCCAUUCGUGGGCCCCAUCAGCGACCGCCUGGACUACUUCUACAACCAGGGCAGAGACGAGUUCUUCAAGUCCCGCAUCCAGAAAUACCAGUCAACAGUGUUCCGUGUCAACAUGCCGCCGGGCCCCACCAUCACCUACAGGUCCCAGGUCGUCGCCCUCCUCGACGGUAAGAGCUUCCCGGUGCUCUUCGACGUCUCGAAAGUCGAGAAGAAGGACAUCUUCACCGGAACCUACAUGCCCUCCCUGGAGCUCACCGGCGGCUACCGCAUCCUCUCCUACCUCGACCCGUCAGAACCCAAGCACGACAAGCUGAAGCGGGUCAUUUUCUACCUCCUCAAGUCGAGUCGCGACUCUGUCCUACCCCAGUUUCACUCGUCCUACACGGAGCUUUUUGAAACUCUGGAGACCGCUCUCGCCGACAAAGGUAAAGCCAACUUCGUCGCGGCCAACGAUCAGGCUGCGUUUAACUUCCUGGCCCGGUCGCUGCACCAGGCCAACCCUGCCGAUACUCCACUUGGGCUCGACGGACCCAAGCUUGUGUCGAAGUGGGUCCUGUUCAACUUGGGCCCACUUCUGAUCCUCGGCCUCCCGAAGUUCAUCGAAGAACCUGUUAUCCACUCUUUCCGUCUCCCGCCAUUUUUGAUCAAGAAGGAUUACCAGCGCCUCUACGAUUUCUUCUACGAGUCUUCCGGUCACGUGCUUGAUGAGGCGGAGCGACUGGGUGUCUCACGUGACGAGGCGUGCCACAAUCUGUUAUUCGCCACGUGCUUCAAUUCGUUCGGCGGGAUGAAGAUCUUUUUCCCCAAUAUGAUCAAGUGGAUCGGGCGCGCCGGUGUCGGACUCCACACCCGAUUGGCCGAUGAGAUCAGGACCGUCGUCAGAUCCAACGGCGGAAAAAUCACGAUGGGCGCGAUGGAGCAAAUGCCGUUGAUGAAAUCUGUGGUCUACGAAGCGUUCAGGAUCGAGCCGCCGGUGCCGUUGCAGUACGGAAAGGCGAAGAAGGAUCUCGUGAUCGAGAGCCACGACGCGGCGUUUAAGGUUAAAAAAGGGGAGUUGCUGUUCGGGUUCCAACCGUUCGCGACCAAAGAUCCGAGGAUUUUCGAGAGAGCUGAUGAGUUUGUUCCGGAGCGGUUUGUCGGCGAGGAGGGGGAGAAGCUGUUGAAGCACGUGCUGUGGUCGAACGGUCCCGAGACGGAAAGUCCGACGGUGGGGAACAAGCAGUGUGCCGGGAAGGAUUUCGUGGUGUUGGUUUCGAGGCUUUUGGUGGUUGAGUUUUUUCUCCGGUACGAUUCGUUUGAGAUUGAGGUGGCGCCGUCACCGUUGGGGGCUGCCAUCACUAUGACGUCACUUAAAAGAGCAAGCUUUUGAUUUAUUUUUGGUUUUUUGGGAAUUGUAAAUUUUGGUUUUUUGCUUAUUAGUGGAUAAUUGGGAUAUUGUACUGGCUUUGUGUGGGAUUUUCUGUAAACUGAUGAUCCGUCAUAACAUGUGCAAAUUGGAAUAUUAUGUUUUGUAAGAAGAUGGAUUGAAGAUAAAUAAUUACAUGUGGGGAAUUUUAUAUAUUUUUCUUCCA